CAAAAACAGCUUGUCCGAUCAAAUCAAACUCCAUGGCAAGUGAUCAUCAUCAAACCAUUUGCCGCCUCCCGAAGAAAACUCAAUGGCAUCCAACACAGUGAAUCCUAAAAAUAAGAUUGCAUGGCGGUGGAGGAGGAAAAGAAACGGAUGCUCCAAGCUGAAAAGGCAGAGGAAGUUGAGGGAGCGAGAUCAGAUUCGCAGCAGAGGAGAAGAUCCCACGGGAGCCACACAUCUCUACGGAGAAAACCGAUUCCCAGUCGCAACCACCGGGGAAGACCCAACCCUCCACGCUCCGACGGCUCACCGAGUAACACAAACUCACAGGGGAGGUCAGAGGGUGAGAGCCGAGAAUGGCUUCACCAAAAGGUGAGACCACCAACCUAAGAAACAACACCCCCAUCCAGAUCUGGAAGAUGCACCCAAGCUGCUAACUCCGGCUCCAACAUUGAGCAAGCCCAGGACGGAACCCAAGACCCGAAAGAAGAGCAGUAGCUCAACUGGAAAGGGGAAAAUCAGAAGGCCACAACGGCAAAGAAGGCCACAACGGCAAGGAAAAACAGAACUGAAAUCCGAAUGAAAAAAAACCAGAGCAAAGCAACAAAAACCCAGAACAUGGAAGGAUUUGGGCCACCGCCGGUCUCCAAGAGGGAGCCGGCGGCAGCCCCUGAAGUCUGAAAUGGAAGCUUGGAAGAAGAGAGAAAGCAGAGCAAAAUUCAAACUAAAAGUAAGAGAGAGAAGGUAUGUAAGGGUUGAUGAUUGAUUAUUUAUUUGGUUGUUUGAUGGUGCUCUUUCAUUGAAACGAGCAUUACCUCCUCUCUCUUUAGUCUUUACACUACACGUGUUAUAGAAACACAUGGAGGUAAAAGUAUUUUUGUUCAACCAAAAAAAAUAUUUUUGUUCUUUUACUUUUUGCUUAAUUGGAUUUUCCUCUUCCUAUUCCUACACUUAGAGUUGGAACAUGGAUGUUAUAUAGGGUCAUGUCUCUAUAUCAGAGAACUGGAAGCGAUUUUGAGGAUUCCUAUUGGAGAGGAAGGUGCAGGUGAUUUCUGGGCUUGGAAUUACACUAAAGAGGGGAGUUUCUCUGUGAAGUCAGCCUAUCAUGCGAUUCGCAAUGCCAAUAUAUAUUUUCAACCAAGCGGGAAUGUUGAGAAAUGGAAAUGGAUUUGGAGCCUUCACCUCCCCCAAAGCUGAAAUUCUUUAUUUGGAGGUGCUCCAGAAAUGGGUUGGCAACGAAAGAGAGACUUCUUCACAGAAAAUGUGCUCCCAAUGCGACAUGCCCCGUGUGCCAUUUCCCCAUUGAAUUCAUCCAUCACUGCCUGUUCGAGUGCCCUCAUGCCAAUGAGGCAUGGACCACUAUUUUCCCGUCCCUCCCUUUGCCUCCCUAGAGAACUUUGUUCUUUGACUGGUUCUGCUCCCUCUAAGAUGCAGUCCAUCAGAAUUCCUUGAUCCAUAUUGUGUUUCUCUGUUGGAAUAUUUGGAAAACCAGGAACGAAUGUGCUUUCAAGAUAGAAUCAUGUGGCCUCUGAAUGUGUGCCAACAAGCGGUUAAAGAGUUUACCGAAUGGAGCUCUUGUCCGAGGCCCCCACCUCUCAUGCCUUCCCUUCCUUCUCAGAUCAGGGGACCCUGUCCAUUACGAAUCCUCCACCAAGUAAUCCCUCUUUGGUGAUUCACUGUGAUGGGUCGUUCAUUAGCGACUCCCAGCCGGCGGCAUAUGGCGUUGUGGUCUUUAACCAUCAUGGACAAGUGUGUGAUGGGCGAGCUAACAAUCUUCUUUGUUCCACCCCGAUUGAAGCAGAAACUAAGGCUCAUUUUGAAAUUAGCACAAGAAUAUGGAACCGAGUGUACAGUUCAUUCUGACUGUCAGGUGCUGGUAAAAGCUUUAAAUUCUAAUCUCGCGAGAUGGUCGUGGAGAUGUGCAGUCUGGAUUGGAUCGAUUGUCAAUAUCUUUAGGACAAAUCCGUUCAUUAAAGUCAAGGAAGUGUCGAGGGCACUCAAUGUCAGAGCUGAUUGGGUUGCACGUUCAAAGGCGAGAGCUACGCUUCCUGAUGAUUGGUUAAUAUUCUUGAUCUAAUUUCUGAUCUUCUUUAAGAAUGUAACCUCAUUACCUUUUCUUUCGUUUGCUGGAAUAAAAGUUGUUUCUCAUU